GCGGGUCACAUGAGAGGGGCGGGCGGCUGGGCAGGGGCGGCAGCCGCCACCCGGGCUGAGGCGGAGCGGGGCGGAGAGGGAAGGCGCAGAGGAGCGUGGCGGCGAGCGCGGCCGCCGUGGAGGGCGAGGAGAAGCGGCCGCCAGGCGCCGAGCGAGUGGAGCGAGCUCUGGGCCUCCCUCGGCCGUUGCGGAGCGCCCUGCCUGCGGCCCCAACAUGGACGAAGAGGGCGGCGGAGGUGGCGGCGUGCCUGAUGACCUGUCCGUGGAAGAGAGAGAAGAGCUUUUAAAUAUUCGUCGCAGGAAAAAAGAACUGAUUGAUGAUAUUGAGUACAGGCACAUGCGCACGUUUGGGUGUCACCAGCUCGCCGGGCGGCAGGAACGCGUGCGGGGCGGGAGCGAGAGCGGCCCCUCGCUCAGGAACUCUUACCCCGGCGGUGCCGGUUUGUCCUGGCGCUCCGACAGAUUAAAAUUUGAAAUUGCUGAGGUUAUGACAGAAAUCGAUAAUCUGACUAGUGUAGAAGAGAGCAAAACUACACAAAGAAAUAAGCAAAUAGCCAUGGGAAGGAAGAAAUUCAACAUGGACCCCAAGAAGGGAAUACAGUUUCUGAUAGAAAACGACCUCCUGCAGAACACUGCAGAAGACAUUGCACAGUUCCUUUAUAAAGGAGAAGGACUAAAUAAAACGGUAAUUGGAGAUUACCUCGGCGAAAGAGAUGAAUUUAAUAUUAAAGUUCUUCAGGCUUUUGUUGAACUCCAUGAGUUCGCUGAUCUCAAUCUUGUACAAGCCUUAAGGCAGUUUCUGUGGAGCUUCAGACUCCCAGGAGAGGCUCAAAAAAUUGAUCGUAUGAUGGAAGCUUUUGCUUCACGCUAUUGCCUUUGUAACCCAGGAGUCUUCCAGUCUACAGAUACAUGCUAUGUGCUGUCCUUUGCCAUCAUUAUGUUAAAUACCAGUCUGCACAACCACAAUGUAAGAGAUAAACCAACAGUGGAGAGGUUUAUUUCUAUGAAUCGUGGAAUUAAUGAAGGUGGAGACCUUCCAGAAGAACUACUACGGAAUUUAUAUGAAAGUAUUAAGAAUGAGCCGUUUAAAAUUCCAGAGGAUGAUGGAAAUGAUCUAACGCACACAUUUUUUAAUCCAGAUAGAGAAGGUUGGCUGCUGAAAUUAGGGGGAAGAGUGAAAACGUGGAAACGGAGAUGGUUUAUUCUGACUGAUAACUGCCUGUAUUACUUCGAAUACACAACAGACAAAGAACCUAGAGGAAUUAUUCCGUUAGAAAAUCUGAGCAUAAGAGAAGUUGAAGACCCUAGAAAACCAAACUGCUUCGAGCUCUACAACCCCAGUCAUAAAGGUCAAGUAAUCAAAGCGUGUAAAACUGAAGCCGAUGGCAGAGUGGUGGAGGGCAACCACGUAGUGUACAGGAUAUCUGCUCCCACCCCGGAGGAAAAGGAGGAGUGGAUAAAAUCUAUCAAAGCAAGUAUCAGCAGGGAUCCCUUCUACGAUAUGCUGGCAACAAGGAAACGAAGAAUUGCAAAUAAGAAAUAGAACACGAUCAGCAACUUGUAGACCUGCAUCAUCGUACAAACGAGCGUGCAGUUGAGUGAUAAUGUAAAAAUUGGACAAGCUAAAUUAAGAUAACUGUAAUUUUUAUAUAUACACUUUACUAAGACAAAACCGUGACAAGACCUUUCAAGGUAAAGUUAUUGAUGUGCAAUUUGAAUUAAGCUUCGAAUCCCAGAGGAUGAUUAUAUUGGAACUUAAUUCAGCUGAAAACUCAGGAGCCUUGUUUUCACUGACGUUAGUUACACCUCCAGUUUACUUGGGUUGGGAGGGAGGGAACUCGAAGGUCAUAGUAAAAUGUCCUAUUCCUGUUGUUUGAGCACAUUGCCCGCGACAGGAGGAGUGAUUAUAAGACUUUCAUUUCUCACUAAAAUGCAUCAAAAGUACCGUGUGACCUGACCCAGCACUUCAUUUUUCUGUCAGCAGAAAACCCACAGUCUCAGUAUCAGUUUCACAGGAAACGUGUUGUCGUGUGUUUGACAGCGAGUGCACAGCUGUGUGAAGCUUUCCUUUGGGGUUCGCUCUCUUACCUUGUGGAAGCAGCUUUUCCUCUUCGGAGACGCAGCCCGGCGCCGUGCGGGUGACGGGCCGUGCGGGUGACGGGCCGUGCGGGUGACGGGCCGUGCGGGUGACGGGCCGUGCGGGUGACAGGCCGUGCCGCGGGGCUGUGCCGCGGGGCUGUGCGGGUGACGGGCUGUGCCGCGGGGCCGUGCCGCGGGGCUGUGCCGCGGGGCCGUGCGGGUGACAGGCCGUGCGGGUGACAGGCCGUGCGGGUGACAGGCCGUGCGGGUGACAGGCCGUGCCGCGGGGCUGUGCCGCGGGGCUGUGCCGCGGGGCUGUGCGGGUGACGGGCUGUGCCGCGGGGGCCUGGGACACGUGCAGGUCCCGACAGCAGAGGUUCGAGUCUGUGGAUGUGACACUGAGUACAGACGUGGUUUGGUGUUUGCUAAAACUCCCUCCUGUCAGCUCAUACGCUCACAAUAAGCAGUAAGACUUAAUGACUGGUUUAAUCUGCUUUUUAUAUAGCAACAUCCUUCUUGUGUUUUAGGUAUGUUGUACUAUAAUUAACACUAAGUUACUACUAAAGGAGUAAGAUGACACGGCUUGCACGAGUUGAGGCUUUGCAUGUGAAUUUAACAUGCAUUUUGAGUUUUUAACCGGAAAAUCCAGGAAGGUGAAAUGUUUUUGCAAGAUGCAGCCCUGUGUAGUUAAGCGAGCAGGUUUUGUUCCUUUGGACAUACAGGGGAGUUCAGUAUUUUUACUGCGUUCUUGAAGGCGAUGUUUCGGAUCUGUGCCUCAGCAGUUGGAAUCGAGCUCUGCCAGAGCAGCUGGGGUGGCUGGGGGCACCGCGGCGGCGCUGGCACUGCAGGGAGGUGGGCUGCGCUGGCACAGCCGGGCUCGUUCGGUUCGUCGGGGUCACGUCUCCUGUUAACUGCACGGCAGAGUCUGUUUCUUUGUUCCUGUCUCACUUACUUGCCUUGUUUUUCAUGGGGUGUCAGCCUGUGAAUGUUUUGCUUUAUUGCAUGAAGAGAACACGAGAGACUUUUGUGCCCCUCGGAUUUUGCCGUGUGGAGCUGCGGUCUGGGGGCAGUGCCCAGAUCCCAGUGCUCGCAGGGGAGCAACAUUCAACCAAAGCACGCAGGAUCCUUGGAUAAGUGUCGGUGUGGGGACAUCUUUGCUUAAUGGAACACAUUUAAACUCUGCAGAAAGCAGUUAAGCGGUGUGUCCCGUGUUGGCAAAGCAGCGCGAUGGCAGAGCUGCCGAGGCCGCUCGUUUCGGGUCCUCUGUUCCGCACCUUCGGGCUUCGUUUUCCGGCAGUUCGUGCGUCGGUUUUGGCUUUGGACAAGUAGAUUUGUAAUGCAAACAGCGAUAAGCCAGAGUCAGUGGUACUAAUGGGUGUAAAGGUAAAAAACAGCAAAUCAAGUAUUUCUGGAGAAAUGUGACAUUACAAAAGCAUUAAUAAGCCAUGAAGCACUUUUGCAUCAGUUCUUAUCUUCCGAAAUACCACCUUCCAGAAAAAUCUGUGUGUUUACCCAGGUGAGGACGUCUGCCUGUACGCAUGAAGGAAACGCCCUGAGAGUUCAUUUGCUGUAUUUAGUUUGAAGUUCUUAUAUCUGGCAGAAAUAAUUAUUUAGAGUAACAUGUAACUGAGAAUAUUAUAGCAGGAAAUAUAUUAUUUCUUAGCAUUAAAAUGCGACAUCUUAAACAGCUAUUUGUGGUGCUCAAUAUAUCUAUUUACCAAAGCUAAUGGAAUAGCGUUCUUGUGUGUGAUAAUAUUUGAUUUCAAAUGUUCUUUGUAAACAGUAUUAACAGGGAGUGAAACUGGCCCAAAAUUUCCACUGGCCAUGAGGCCAGUAACACAAAGUGGCUUGUGAAAGUUUUGGCCAAAUCAGGUACUACCCGUGAGAGAAGAAAAAAUCUCUCGACCUUUCGUUGCGGGGCCGUGCCGAGCCCGAGCCCGCCGGGGCCGCCGACGCGGCCCUUUCCUGGCGCCGCCGCGCGCGGUUCCGCAGCGCCUUGCCUUGCCCUGCCUUGCGCCGCGGCGCGGGUCGCGGCUGCGGGGCCGUGCUCGGUGUCCCGGCCGCGGUGCCGCUGUGAGCCGGGGCAGCCGCGCGGAGCGCCUGGGCUCCGCUGGGCUGACUUCAGCUUCACAGUAUCCCGACCAAACAGGCUCUGCUUCGCUAAACAUCUUGAACUGUUUUAAACUGGUACAAAGCCGAACCUUUGUAAACUGAGCAGCAUUUAUAAUGCUCCAUAUAUAUAAAAACAAUGCAUAUUUUUAAGAUUUAUUACAUAUCUAUGUAGAUAUGCUUGCUGGAAAAGCUCGGUCUGUUGUAGACCAAAUGCUACAAAUUAAGACUUGUGGCUUACCAGUUUCAUUUCUAUAUUUUCUUGGAAAAUGUUUCUAGCUAGAGUUUAAAUACAAAUUGUAAAUACUGUACAGAUAUGUAUUGAUAUAAGUAUUACUUGGUGUACACAAGUGAUUUGCAUGACAAAUACUCUGUAUCAAUCAUUGUUAAAAAUGUGAUGUUCUAUGUAAAUCCACUGCAAUAUUAAUGUUUUCAUUUAUCAUUAAAACCUGUUACUUAAGUCUGGAGAUUUUCUCAAAAAUAAAGUGUGAAACGGCA